UGGCACGUGAAGCGUGAAUGUCUCGCGCCGUUCGGCUCGACCUGCAGCUGCGGUGGUCUAGAAGCUACGGCCAACACGCCAUCACUCGCACUGACAGGUAGUACCUCGAGGACGACGCGCCAAAGAAGUCGUCAACACAUUCGGAGAAAGAGCAUCGUCUUCGUCCACGACGAUCAUGCCGAAGUCCCGUUCCAUGGUGGACUACAGCGGGAAGAAAAGCGAAAGGCGCUCCAAGACCAAGAACGAAAACCGCAGCCGCAAAUCCUCCGCUCGCUACGACGACGGGCAAGAUUAUGACGAGGCCUACCAGAAGCCGACAGCCAGACGAAAGAAGUCCAAAAGCUCAAAGGUGGCCAUCACUGAUUCGCCCGCUUUUUCCAAAAGCUCCGAGAGUCCGACGAACCGUCACGAAGGCUCAGCUGUAGUGACGAGCGGCGACGAGUCGUCUUCGCUGCCCAAGGAACUCAACUACGAAUACUUCGAGAAGCUCGGCGGCAACUUGUGCCGAGCGGGGGAGCUCCUUGACGAACACGAGCGGGGCAUCAUCUGGCAGGCGGCCGACGUCAUCACGUGCAUACCGGAAUACUGCCCACCACGAUGCUACAUGACCAAGCUGUGCCGCUGCAACACGUGCUGCGAGCGCUGCUGCGUAGACCCCGAGCACCGGCUGACGGGCUUCCACUCUAACGUAAAGGACGAGGCCACGGACGUGCCAGACGAAGAAGGGCUCACGCUAAGCGGAUCCAGCGACACGUCCAUCGCGUCCCUGCUGGGCGACGUGAGCAGCGAAGAGGGCAAGUCGAGGGGCAGCACGCGUUUGGCGAUCGCCGCUCGCGAUGCUAAGCGGGCAGUGCGCCUCGCGAAACAGUUCCGCGCGGCCGCCCGCACUAUCGACUCGCUUGAGUGCAGCAACGAGUCCGAGCACCGGAUGCGCGCUUUGUACACCAAGGAGCUGAUGGACAAGGCGGUGUUCUACGCCAAGAAGGCGAACGAAGCUCUCGCGGGCUACGCCGCUCUCAGGAGAGCCCUGCGUGGGAUUCCCGGUGCCACUAGCGGGGACGAGUCCACGCAAUUCGACGCGCUUCAGGGGCAGCAGACUCCGUACGGGCCAGCGCCCUAUCCAUCGCAGCGGUUGCGAUGGGCGAGCGCUCCGGUCGUUGGACGUCCGCCAUCACAACAGACCGCGUUAAGCCUCUCCAGCAUGUCUGACAUAGUUAUGAGCAAGGCGCAGCAGGCUUCUGAAGAUGUGCUAAGGUUGCAGAGAAUUUCCAACGAAAUGCUGGCAGAAGCGCGGGUCCUCGAAGGAGUCAGUAACGACAGAUUACCGCCUUUCGAGCUGAAAGGCGCUCGAAGCAGCUACUGGAUGCCGGCUGCUUUUCCAGAACCGGACCAAAGGUACGUCCAAGACAGGGCGGCCGAUCUACGGGCAGUUGCUUUUGACGAUACAAUGACCGAGUACGCAAUCGGCAGAGAUAGGCAUAUGCUCCGCGUUCCCGAACACACUACAGCAGAUAGUGACCGCCAACUAGAACAGCUCAACGAUCAGAUGAUGGGAAUAUCGACCGAAGAGAAAAGGUCAGCUCGCAAGGACGGCCGGAGCGAUCUCAAAGUGGACCCAACGGACAGAGGAGGACCUAGAGCCAUGGGGCCGACUACUACGCCUCCUCCAAACCGAGUCGCCAGAAGGGCGAGCGUGUCGGCGAAGGCUUCGGGAAGAAGAGCCAGCGUAUCUUCUAUACAGCAGGAACUCUCGGACACCGCACAGUUGCCUCAGCCACGCAAGACGAAGUCACUGGCUGCAAGGAGGGCGAGCGUCGGAGCCGGCCUUCUUCUCAAGCUUGGGGCGCGCAUGAAAGACGACUCAGAUGAUUUGUUCCCAGACAGAGAGCCAUCAAUGCCUGCUGCUUCACCAGACUCUACUGAUUUUAAAGCUAGAGCGACGCGAAGAGCUAGCGUUUCGUCUAAAGCGUACUCGGCGCAUCCACUAAAUGAAGACGCAGACUCAUUCAAGACUAGAGCAACGCGAAGGGCAAGUGUAUCAUCAAAAGGACUACCCACAUCACCGGACCGAAUCGCCGCUGACCACGAUUCCUUCAAAGCCAGAUCCUCGAGGAGAGCUAGUGUUUCGUCAAAGACCAUCGCGCCGUCCGAGGCAAACACGGGCAACGAGCAAUACGACUUCCAGACCAAAGCUCUUCGCAGGGCAAGUACUUUCUCGGGAGACUUUCCUGCUGAUCUUUCGGACGAGCAUAAGCAAUUCAAGGCGAAAGCAGCACGGCGAGCUAGCGUUUCAUCGAAUAGACUUGCACUUCCAACCGAAGGCGACGAGGGUUCUUUUAAAGCCAAAGCUGCCAGAAGAGCUAGCGUGUCUUAUAGGACGCUUUCACCCGAUGUACACAACACCUCUGUAGGGCAACAAUCAUUCAAAGAAAAGGCAGCGCGAAGAGCCAGCGUGUCUUCUGGAAGGCUUUCACCCGAUCUGUACAACCUCUCAGCAGGGCAACAUUCAUUCAAAGCAAAGGCAGCGCGAAGAGCCAGCGUGUCUUCUGGAAGGCUUUCACCCGAUCUAGACAACCUCUCAGCAGGGCAACAUUCAUUCAAAGCAAAGGCAGCGCGAAGAGCCAGCGUGUCUUCUGGAAAGCUUUCACCCGAUCUGUACAACCUCUCAGCAGGGCAACAUUCAUUCAAAGCAAAGGCAGCGCGAAGAGCCAGCGUGUCUUCUGGAAGGCUUUCACCCGAUCUGUACAACCUCUCAGCAGGGCAACAUUCAUUCAAAGCAAAGGCAGCGCGAAGAGCCAGCGUUUCCUCCAAGUCCGCAAAGUCCACUGAAGGACCCCACGAGAGGUUCGAAUCAUUUAAAGCGAAAACAGCGCGAAGGACCAGCGUUUCUGCAAUGUCACCAGAGGGCCCCCAAGAAAUGUCUGAAUCAUUCAAGGUAAUGGCAGCGCGAGGAACUGGCGCUUCUUCAGUGACUCCAGAGAGCCCACAAGAGAUGUUCAAACCAUUUAAACCAAAUGCAGCACGAAAAGGUACAGGUUCUGAUAAGUCCCCAGAGGGCCAUCAUGAAGAGUCCGAACCAUUCAAAGCAAAAGCAGCGCGAAGAGCCAGCGUUUCUGCAAAGGUGUCGGAAGGCCUCCAUGACAGCCAGCACGAAUCAUUCAAGGCAAAAACCGCGCGCCGAGCAAGUGUUUCAGCGAAAGGCCUCGCGCAGCAAGCAAGCGUUCAGAAAAUUCACGAAGCAAAAUUCAGAAGAGCCAGCAUUUUUCCAACGGGCCUAACCUCUCCGCAAGACACUCCGACGCAUGAUUCACGCACGAAAAAGGCAAAAGGAACCAAGAUAACCGUUGUUGAAACAGACGUAUCUGAGUUAUCUACCCGGCCAGCAAAGAAACCUCCAAGGAGGGCAAGCGUUUGCGCGGCGAAAUACAAACGACUCUAUGGUGACGUUACGGCGGAGCAAACUACAAAGACUGAAGAGGGCUACAGAGAGGGAUCUGAAUUAUCGGACGAGCCCGCCGAGCCGAACAAGCAAGCUCGCAGAUUAUCUAUCAGCGCUGCGAAAGUGUCUUCUGAUGUUCGCAAGGCUGGAUCUGAAAAAAACGAAUCUAACAGGGUACCUGCUUCGGCUGACAGCACUAUUGGACAAUCAGUGACAAAGGACCAAAAUAAGAGCGCUUUAAGUGAAGGCAGAGACGGCAAUAAGCAAACUCCCGCAACAACGGCACAAGAGAAAACCCUCCUGUCUCAGCUCAGAGACAGCCUGAAAUCAAGCGCAGCGCGGGCAGGCGCGGAUGAAACGAGGGACAAGAAGGGAGGUCGUAUCGUUGUAAAGAUAAAGCCACCACCCGUCCUCAUGAGUUCGAAAAAAGUUGGCACAAGCCACACUGACAAAGGUAAAAACCUCGUGAGCGAAAUAUGCGACAAGUGCCUCCUUAACAAAUGCGGAUCGCAACCCACAGAUCCGAGAGAUAUACAGAAAAUAAUGGACGAAGGUGUCGGCGCGCCGAAGUACACGAAGGACAUGGAUAGCACCCAGGCGAGCUCUCCUCGCAUUCCGGAAAUAGUCUACGAGCUUUCCGAGCAAUCCCUCGACAUUGAAGUAAUACCGAGUGAGAGGUGCAAAGAAGCUCAAACUUCGUUACCUUUCGACCCUGCCUCAUCCAAGGAGCAUCAUUGGGGUCGCGCUGUUACAUCUACCAACAGCAACGCGACCAAAGAGGCACCUGGGAACAAGAAUCGUCCUUCAGCGAAAUCGGCCUCUACACACCAAAAGAACAUCGGGAGGACAUCCCUGGGGAAGCAAGCCAGACCCGACUCCCACGGAGGAGACGUCCAUGCCCACCUGAAGGUGCUGCCUUCGGAUACAUAUGUAUUCACGUCGACCACGGUGGCUAUUGCUGGAGGAGACACGACAAACCCAAAAGCGGCGAAAGCCAGUGUGGAAGGCGCGAAGAAAAAGUCCAAGGAAUCGGACGCCGCAGGAAGUGCUAGAAAAUCCUCCAGACAUUCCAACGAAAGCCCGAAGCGCGAAUCCGGCGCGAAAAAGCAUUCCAAGAGUUCUAAAGAAAGCCUGAAGCACAAAUCCGGUGCUGAAAAGCCUUCCAGGCCUUCUAACGAGAGCUUGAGGCAUGAAGCCGGCAAAGAAAGUACUAGUAGCAAAUCUGGAGCUAGAAAGCAUUCUAAAGAAAGCCUGAAGGGUGGAACUGGUGCUGAAAAGCCUUCGAGACCUUCUAAUGAGAGUAUGAAGCACGAAGCCGGCAAGGAUAGUCUGAGGCGUGACUCCGGAGCUAGAAAGCAUUCUACGCAUUCUAAAGAAAGCCUGAAGGGUGGAACUGGUGCUGAAAAGCCUUCGAGACCUUCUAAUGAGAGUAUGAAGCACGAAGCCGGCAAGGAUAGUCUGAGGCGUGACUCCGGAGCUAGAAAGCAUUCUACGCAUUCUAAAGAAAGCCUGAAGGGUGGAACUGGUGCUGAAAAGCCUUCGAGACCUUCUAACGAGAGUAUGAAGCACGAAGCCGGCAACGAUAGUCUGAGGCGUGACUCCGGAGCUAGAAAGCAUUCUACGCAUUCUAAAGAAAGUGUGAAGGGUGAAACUCGUGCUGAAAGACCUUUGGGACCUUCUAACGAGAGCUUGAGGCGCGAAGCCGGCGCUACGAACAAGCGUAAAUCCUCGUUGAAGUCGACAAAAGGAUCUUCAAUUAGCCACAUCGGGAAAUCGAAACACGAAAAGGUUCUACCGACACGCGUCCAAAAAGGAGCGGGUGAACACGACGAGAAGCUAAGUGAACGCGACACCACCGGAAAACCGGAAAACGGGGCCGCUAAGAAAGCCGACGAAGGAAAACACAAGGCAGUGAAGGACAUGAGGGUUUCUGACGAACAUGUCAAGGGCCGCAAGGCGUCCGUGGGAAAAGGUGAAGAUGACAAUGGUUCGAAGAACGUGAAAACUAUUGACGAAGGCAUCAAGAGGCGUAAUGCGUCCGUGAAGAAAGGCGAAGAUGAAUCCGGCAAGGCUCUCGAUAAGCAAACAGAAAGCGGAAGCAAACGCGAGGGCAAAGAGAAGGCGGCUAGUCAGCCACAUGAUGGGGGCAGCAAUGCACCUGUGGAGACUGAAAAGGAAAGCAACGCGCCUCCAGGCUUUCUCAGUAACCUUGGCGGUCUUACAAGCUCGUACAGCACAGCUGGCGAAAAGGGGCGCGCAGAGGACACAACCGGAAAACAUACAGCGAAAGCUGAUGCUCCCCGGGUACUGGCAACGAACACUCACAAAGUGGCAAACAACUUCGACGCAGAUCAACAGACAGAAAUACCCGUCACUGUCAAUGUUGCUGACAGCCGUGCUGAGCCUCCCCUGAAAAUCUUAAGAAGCACAAAUGAAAAACUUAAAUCGACAGCCGCCGCCCAAGAUGACGCUGGCUUCGUGAAUGACAGGUACAAGCAAGUCGCCGCCAGCUCUGCUUACUUUCCUGAGGGCGAAGAAAUGGAGAUAAGGCCUAUGGACGACGAUGGUAUCUACGACUAUCAGCAGCUUGCGUUUGCGGAUAGGCAAAACAUUAUUGGCUCCUCCUCUUCUGGCGUAGAUGUGGCAGGCAGCCAAUGGGACGACGCGAGAGAAGUAGGCCAGAGAUCUGCCGAGCUUGUGCUGCCGAAAAAGCUCGCUUUUGGAGCAGUUGAUGACUGGACAGUGUUGUCGCCCCUGGAAAAGUUCGCAGAACACAGUGACAGUGAUCAUGCUAUGGAUCGGUCAAGGCCAGAAGGAAGCGAAUACACAAUAACCAGUGAAGCCGCUGAAUUAGACCCGCGUAACGCACGUAUGUACGAAACCGAGCAAACGCGCGAGCUGCGCGAUGACAUCACCGCGGAGGAGGAUCUGCAGCCAGAGGGGAAUUAUUCAUUAGAUCAGCAACAGGAAUGGGAACAACCGGAAGGCGAACUACCGUAUGGAGAAUCACUGGAAAGGGAGCUACCAGAAGAGGAACUACCGGAAGGGGAGUCACCACAAGAGGAAACACCACAACAGGACAUUUCAGAGCAGGAAAACGGCAUAGCUGUUGAUACUCCUGAACUAGAAGACAUGGAAGGAGUCGAGCAACCACAAUAUCAGGGCAAUCAUGAGGUGAUUGAAUUGCAAAACGUUGACUACGAGCUGCAAUCGAGGCCUCACGCACCUCUGAGAGGGCCCGACUUACAGAACUUCGACUUCUGGGACCUGGACGGGCCCGCGGCCCUCUACCCGGAGAGCAGACUGGUAUUUGCACUAGCGUUAGUCGCCGGUAUGUGGAUUCUGUACCUCAUGUUUACGACCAAGGCCACCAUAAACAGAAAACCCUUCCUCGAACUGUUUACCGCGCUAGCUACGGAACACGAAAUUCCUCGCGGCCGUAUUAUGACCGAAACGUUUGCUGUGAACCACUUGAAGACCAAAGAAACAGCCAGAACGGUGAUGAGAUCAGUCGUCUCCGCAAGGCCAUGGCUUCUAUACUUCUGCGACACGCCUUACUGCAAGGAAUCAGCCCUGCAAUUGGCCAAGAUGCUUGGGGAGGACCCAUGCUUUAAUUUCUACAGCUACACUUGCGGCAAGCUGACUCGAAAAUGGAACCCAAUGGUUGGCUCUGCACUCUCUACUGACGCCUUUAUAAUCAACGAAGCCGCCAAGCUCGCUGCCGGUUAUAUCUUGAACAGGGAACACCCAGGCAUGAAGGCGGCCCGAAACCUUUUAGAAGCGUGCCUCGACCACGAGAACGACGGACAAUGGAGUCGAACAGAACUGAGCGAGUUGUUUUUCGAGUAUUUCGGUUCCUCGUGGCCAGCAGAGAACAAUCCUUUGACCAUGGAAGCCGUGUGGGUUAUCGCUGGGCGCCUGGCACGAGACUUGAAACUGGAAGCUCUCGCACGCGUGUCUGUUGGCAUUCACCCAGAAGAAAAUUCUGCUUCCGUGCCAACCAUAGGUGAGCCGGUCCUGCUUUACCAACGUGCCGACUUCGAAGAGCCCGGGUAUACGGAGAUGCUGGAAACCGCCAUCGGACAGACAGUGACGUUCAUCAGUCCAGCCUCCAACGGCGCGCAACACGUGUCGAGCAUCAAGACGACGAUGGAACUGCUCGCUGAUAUGGUUGCGACCUACCCUGCCAGCUACGUCGGUGCGAAAGAGCACCGGAUGACCAAGGUCCGCGUCCUCUCGCCUGGCGUGCGCGCUUUCCUGCGCACGGUUUUCCCCGACUCCGUUAAAGUCGCCGAAAACGCCGAUAUCUUGAUCAAGUCGCCGCGAUUCUUUGAAAAACUGCAAGGGUCAAGAAGUACCCUGCUCGAUCCUCAGGCCGUUUUCAACUACGUGGGAUUCAGAGUCAUGGUCCACUUCGCCGCGUUUCUGCCGCAGCCGAGCGUCCGACAUCUGCGCGCCUUGGAAGCCAAUUUCCUGCUUCCCGAGAACGCCUCUGCCCAAGACUUCUGCACGCGCGAGGUCGAGCGCGUUUUCCCGGCUAUCUACGCGCGCGCUUUCGCGCUGCAGACGGCAAAUUUAAGCACCUGGGUAAGCGAGUGGCCGUCGCAACUGAAGAGAAUAUUUUUACAAGGGCUGGGGUUCGGAGCGACUCGGAUUCGUGCGCCGCAGGCUGCGCCCACGUCAGAUCAAGAUAACGAUGCCGGGUUCACCAGGCGCAGAUUGGAUAGCCUGAAGGUCGAAGCUGCUGUUCCACUGUGGAUUGUAAACGACUCCAGCUUCGACCAGUACGCUCAAGAGCUGGAGCGGCAGCUCAGCGUCACCCUCAACCUAGAUCCGAGUAACUCGCUCAAACGUCUUUGCUCCUUCGCCAAAAUGCUGCGAGAGAAUGAAAUUCAGCAGGCGCUCCUAGGCACAUCAGCGAACCAAACAGCGAUGUCCUUGUUCGGCACCGAGGCCAGAUACGACGCACGGAACAGCGCAAUCUACAUGCCGCUGGUAACCGUCAACUGGUCCGUGCCUGCCAGCAGCAUCGCCUUUGCCAUACAUGCAGCUCGUUACGCCGUGCGAGUCUUUAAGGCACUAGGGCUGGCGCUCCGCCUAGGCUAUGCGCACGCUUCCGAGCAGCGUGCUGGCUCUGACAUCUAUAGUAAGCGCUAUCAGGGCCAACUGAACAUCACAACGCGGUGUCUGGUGGAACAGUACGAGAAUGCCAGCAGGAGCCUCAAGAGCGCGUUCCUCCAAAAGACGGCCGACCGUACGCCACUGGGUGCCGCCCUCUUGGACCAGACUGAUGCCCUCGUGCAAGCAUACGCAGUCUUCAAGGAAGAGCUAGGUGCACGGCGCUUUGGCCAUUCCAACUUCCGGCUGCUGGGUUUGCCACAUCUCACGCCCGAACAACUCUUCUUCGUGGCAUAUGGGCACGACAACUGUGAGGCUAGCGACACAGUUCACCGCAGGCGCCGGUGGCUAGAAAGUGGCGAACUGCCACCAGAGGACCGUGUCAACAUCCCCUUGAUGCAGUUCGAAGAGUUCACACGUGCCUUUGCCUGCAACAGCACGGCGCCCAUGACCGCCAACAGACGCUGUCCUAUGGUUCGCACAAGGACCUCCCAAAAUUAAUGGACAAAUUAAUGGACAAUAGCAAGGUCAUUCGUGUAUUAUAGUUCAAGCAUAUCGUGCAAUCUCACCAGAGUCAAUUGUGCAGUGAACUUUCUGAACAAUAUAUGCUAGCACUUCUCAGUUAUGAGAAUAUAGAGCUGGUUCUCUUUAUACCUCAUGCAUAAGCGACAUGCUGGACAACACAAGAGCACAUUGCUGAUGGGGUCGCUAGACAAUGGGAUACUUUAAUGCAUUUUUUAUAAAAGUCUUCACAUACCCAUGUAACCAACAAAGCACGCACAUUUGUAUUCUCCAUAGGAUGUCGAUAAGAACAGGAUAGGAAUUUUCAUAGGGCAGCAGCAAAGGUGCCUGUGUGUCAAUAUAGCCUA